UUUAAAAGUUAUUUUCUAACAUUGUCAAUUUCAAUAUCCAAAAUUAGGUUGAGGACACGUAUCGAUUUAAACACGGAUACAUUGUUAUCGUUCUCCCUUCCACCCCCAUUUAUAUCCUGCGAGGUUUUCGCACGCAUUUUCCGUCACUCGGCAAUUUUAUAUUCGCAUCGUGGCAAACAAAUUGAACCUGUUUAAUAUGCUUCGGAAUCGAGAGACGACCGGAAUUCAAUCGUUCAUCCUUCAGUUCCUUCCGUUGCUACCCCUCGGGGGGAAAGCAAAUUGAUUUUUACAGCUCGGUCCAUUUCGGUAGCGCCAGAGAUUCUAGACACUGUGGCACCCAAAAUGUCCCCCACUCUGGCGGCAGCGCCAGAGGGGAGUAAAACCAACCCCCCGUAUUCCCGCUUAUUCCUUUUGUGUCCCUUCUCGUAGCACUUCAAUACGUUGUACGCGGAGAUGGCUUUGGCAAACAUGUUGAAAUUGCAAAAUUUUUGCUGCAAAUAUGAUUUAAAAUGUGGAACGAUGGUGAUUGGUGGUUUUCAAACUUUUUGUUCGAUUUGUUACUUCUUGUUUGCUUGCAUAAGCGCUGUGACUGGUGAUCAACCCCCUGAACAUUAUAAAAUUGCUAUUCCCGCUACAUUUUCAGGGGUAAUUAUUAAUGGUAUGGUUCUAUUAGGAGCUAUAAAGGAAUCAAGCGUCCUUUUAAUACCAUAUUUAAUACUUUUGGGAGCUCUUUUAAUUGUAAUUUGUUAUCUUGGAUUAAUUUUAUCUAUUUUGGAACCUUUGGUACUUAUAGCUUUCAUAUUUGCAGUUCCUGCAAUUUAUCUUUGGCUAACUGUGUUUAGUUAUUACCAAUCGCUUGUAGCGGAACCUAUAACAAUUACAAAUCCAUCGAUGGUUGCGUACAAUAACCCGGGAGUGAUGGAAACGAAAUAUCCUGAAGUUGUUUAAUUAAAUUAUCCAUAUAUUAGUGAUAAAUUUGCCAAAAUUAUUACAAAUA